GUAAUCAAUGAUUCAAACUAACCAAUUUUAAUUUUAUGCUUCUGCCACACGCACGACGAAUGACAUCUUUUCCUGCAGUCAAGUAGCGAACUCGAGCGAGCAGAACGUUUUAUUGUGAUUCGCUUGACAAAAUAUAUUGAGCUUAGCGGAGACCUCAGGCGGUGGGUCUUCCAUUUCCAGGACCAGUCUCCAGGGUAGCGUGAAUGGCAUUUGCUAUCAAAGAUGUGAUAGUCAAGAGAGCGCAACAGCAGCUGCCGGGAGAGUCAGGGUUGCUGCAAGUGGCCGUCGAUGGCCUUGCGUCGUUGGCGUCCGCUGCAAGUUCGGAGGGGACCGACGGCGCCCAGGAUGCUGUUUGCAAGGUCGACGCAGCAGAUUCGGCGCUUUCCGCCCAGCUCCAAGCGUGGAGCUCCUGGACUUCGGACGCGCUCGCCACCGGGCAACAGGGCGUGCAGCAGCCUCAGUACGCCGCCCUGGCCAACGCUCUGGCCCAGGCGGUGGCGUCGGAGGUCGUGCCGGGCAGCUCGCUAGGCGCCAUCGCACCAGACGCCCUAGACGCCGCCUUUGCUGUAGAUGCGGCUGGCGCAAAUGCAGUGGCCCCGGAGCGGCUGUCCCACUCCUUGGCGGCCCUCGCCACUGCCUGCGGCGCGGACGGCUCGGCGGCGGCCGCAGCCGCCGUACUGGAGUUGCUGCUGGCAAAGCUACAGCCGCAGGCGGAGCAGCUGCUGCGACAGGCUGCGGCUGUGACCGCAUCGUCAUCAGCACCGGCUGGUGCGGGCGCGGGCGACGGCAAUGACAGCGAUGACGAGCUGGACAAGCUGCUGGCGGAGGACGCGGUGGCUGGGGGCGACGAAGACGACGUGUCACCUGUCUCGGACCAGACCCAAGUAGCGGCCGCGCCAGCACCAGCACCACCGCAAGCGCCGGCCGCUGCCGCUGGCGAUGCCGACGACGAUGGCGACGACGCGCUGUCACUGGGGCUAAGCCGCUCGACCUCCAUCGCAUCGGCGUCAGCUGCGCCGGCCGGCGGCGCCGUCGCGACGGCGGUGGCCCGGGUGACGCUGGGCUCGGCGGUGCAGCACGACUCUGCCAAAUCACUGGGCGGCAAGAGCAUGGGCGCGCUGUCUCGUGCGCUCAGCGCUGCCUCCUCAGACGGCUUGGAUGACCUGCCAGACAACCUGGAUGCAAUGGAGACGCGGGGCGCGUCCCAUGGCGCCGCCGGUGCCAGCAAGGGCCCGCGCACCAAGCCUCUGCUGGCGGGCCUGAUGGAGAGCGAGCAGGGCAAGGGCUCCAUGGCCUCGAUGCCUACCGACCUGCGGGACUGGUCCAACCUCAAGAACAGGCAGCCCGGCGCGGCCAUGGUGGUGCCGCCCGGCCACCCGCCGCCAGGCGCGCGCGGAGGCCCCGGCGCUGUCAGCAUGCGCAGGCCAGCGGGAGGGCACCUGAUGCCGCUGUCGGGCAAGCCGGGCGCGCCCGGCGCGGCGCCGGCGGGCGCUCCGCCGCCGCCGGUGCACGCAGCCCCGCCGCCGCUGCUGAGCUCGCGCACGGACGGCCCCAAGGCCAACCCGCUGCACAACGCGCUCAUGAACAGCAGUGCCGUGCGCCAAUCGCACGACAGGGCCGCGCAACAGCAACAACAACAGCAACAGCAUCACCACCACCACCCGCUGCUGCAGCAGCACGGCAGCCACGCCAGCUCGGGCAGCGGCAACUCGUUUGUGAGCCGCAAGGAGAGCAACAACAGCAGCGGCAUCCCGGCCGGCCGCCAGCGCUCGCUCAACUCGCACAUGUCGCGCAAGGCGUCCAUCUCAGAGCCGGGGCCGCUGGGGCCACAGGCAGAGUGGAAGCAGCUGCCGGCUCUGGGCCACGGCGUGCGGCUGCACCCGCACGAGCUGCGCCAGCCCUCCAGCGGCAACUUGCGCGGAUCCGUGGCCGCCCCGGGCGGCUCCGUCUCCAAGUCCGUCGCCAUCUCGCUGCCCGGCCUCACCGACGACAAGCUGCCCGCGCUGCCGGCGCUCAUGGGUGCGCGCGGCGCGCCGCCACGCGCGGCGGAGCUGAUGCGCAACGCCAGCCGCGGAGCGCGUGCUGACUCGCACCACGCGAGCCACCAGUCACUGCCGGGGCUGGCACGCGGCGGCUUGGCGCAACAGGCCAGUCGAGCGCUGCGCAUGCCGUCCAAGAAGAGCUUCAAAGGCGACCGGGACUUUUGAAAAACCUUGCUAUGCGUUGUGCGUGAUUGAGGGUGUGGAUGGUGGGUAGGAUGGCGUUAAGGGGAGGCGGCAGUGAUGUGCGGACGCGAAGUGUGCUGUUGACGGGGCCGGCGGGGGUUCUGCUGUGCUUGCGGUUUGACAGGUGGUAUGAGAAUCAACGGUGUGUGCAGCGUUGUAAAAAGGCUGCAGAGACGGACGUUUUGAGUGGCCAGCUUGUGUGUUAAAAAACGAAACGAAAGCCCGCCCAAUGACGCGACGGAGUUACUUGUGUGUGUGUGUGUGUGUGUGUGUGUGUGUGUGUGUGUGUGUGUGUGUGUGUGUGUGUGUGUGUGUGUGUGUGUGUGUGUGUGUGUGUGUGUGUAUGCAUCAUGUAGUUGUGUAGUAUGAUACAGUGUGGAGGUGUCAGGUCCAUAGGGUCAUGGCAGGGAGGGCACCGUAAGGCGCUCACUGCUUAGCGGUACGCACGCCACAUUUCCGCACCUGCAGAAGGUGAACCGGGGCCGCAGACUGCAUGACUCAUGACUCGCGUGUGUCCCGCAGCAGAAUGCUUGGCUUCAGAAUGACGUGACUGACGUGUCAAGCUUGUUGACAAGGUCGGUCUUGACAAACAACUGGGGCUGCGCGUGUGUGCACAUGUAGCUCCGGAUGCGGGUCCAUGCAUAAGUUUUGAGCAGCAUUGCUCAGGGUAGAAAGGGGACUCCUUGACAGGCAGGGAACACGUGUGAACCGUGUUCCUGCAAAGGUUGCUUGACCACACAGGUUUACACGUACAGACGAAAUUGCUCCUGGAUGACAGGUUGUUGAGUGUUGACGUGUAUCCGCUCCGGUCGUGCUGCAUCGCAUUGUUGCCGGCUUGGUGUUACCUUGUCAUUAUAAGAUGGUUAGUGCUGAUUACAUAGAAUGACCCCGCGGUUGACCCGCGGCUUGUAUAGGACUGUGGGCUGGGCGCGCGCGGCGAACACGGAACAGCCUAUAAUGUGCAGAAUUUAUCGGUGCAGUGCGCCCCUGCAGCACUUCCUUGAAAUACGGGACUGUACUGACAGCGGUUAGUGACUGCACGUAUUACCACAUUCAUCCUACAAAUUGUCUGUAACGUGAUCAUCACUGUGACUUCUCAUUGAGUUAUUGUGAGGCACUAGCACUUAGGAGCCAGCCGUGUCACUGUUACGCAA